GGCAUGCGUUGUACUUUACCGCUUUUGGCUGCAGCAGCUUUGCUGCUUGCAGCGCAGCUGCCGAGCACUCACGCGGGUGCGCUGUGCAGUCUGUGCACGUGCACAACGACAACCAUUACGUGCAAUGGGCCCAAUAAGCUGAGUGGUAUUUCGGGUGGCGUUGACUCGACCGUUCGCACCAUUGACGUUACUUCCAACCAGUUCCCACAAAUCGUUUGGUCUGCAAGUAAUAGCAUGGGCAUCGACUUUACCGGACUGACCAUCACUACGCUAAAAAUGGGGAGCAAUUCAAUUACCCAAGUGAGCGGCAUCAGUUCCCUUCCCCUUCAGGUCUUAGACUUGAGCAGCAACAACGGUAUUUCGUCCAUUGGAGCAUCUGUGUUUCCUUCCUCAUUGACAUCUUUGACCGUGGCGUACACCAACAUCAAUACGAUUUCCUCGUCCUCGUUUAUGACACCUUCCGCUCUGAAAGCAUUGUAUCUGAAGGGAGUUGGAAUUGCCUCUCUUUCGUCGAGCACUUUCAGCGCCUUUACUCAGCUAACGACCCUUGACUUGUCCUCAAUCUCCCCGCUGACAACCCUGCCCCCGGGCUUGUUCCAUGGCUUGUCGAGUUUGUCCACGGUGACUCUCUCGCCAAACAGUUUCGCGGCAGGACUGGCCCCGCCAAGCACUUUUGGCACAAGCAGCAGCCCUACCAAGUGUGAUUCUGCUUGUUAUACGUGCUAUGCCGCAGGCUCUGGAGCUUGCUGUCCUCUGAACUGCUUGUACUGCAAUGCGCAAGGUUGCUCUCAAUGCUAUAGCGGCUACACGAUGUACCAGGGAAGCUGCAUCACCGCUGCAGCUGCGCAAGCCUCAGCCGCAUCCGCCAGCUCGGCCUCUGUCUCGGCAGCUUCCAAAGCAACUGCUUCGGCAGCAUCGGCGUCUUCUGCUUCUGCAGCGUCCGCAGCGUCCGCCUCGGCCGCUUCCCGGGCUACGGCAUCAGCUGCCUCGGCAUCCUCGGCAUCCUUGGCAUCCUUGGCAUCAGCGGCAUCCGCGGCAUCAGCGGCAUCAGCGGCGUCCGCUUCAAGCGCUUCUGUUGCAUCCCUCGCAUCGGAUGCGUCUGCCGCCUCAGCAGCCUCGGCAUCCCAGGCAUCCGCAUCAUCCGCCUCCCUGGCAUCGGACGCCACGGCAGCCUCGGCAACUUUGGCAUCGGCAGCAUCCGCUUCCAGUGCUUCUGCUGCGUCGGAUGCAUCGGCCGCUUCAGCAUCGGCCGCCUCAGCAUCAUCCGCAUCCUUGGCCUCGGAUGCAUCGGCUGCUUCAGCAUCAUCUGCGUCCGUGGCCUCGGACGCAUCGGCAGCGUCGGACGCAUCAGCGGCAUCCGCUUCCAGUGCUUCUGCUGCGUCGGAUGCUUCGGCCGCUUCAGCAUCAUCCGCAUCCUUGGCCUCGGACGCCUCGGCAGCCUCGGCAUCUUUGGCAUCGGAUGCAUCUGCAGCGUCCAUGUCAGCCGUCAAUAAUGCAGCGAGCGGAGACAGUGCCUCCACUGGUCUGAUUGCGGGCUUGGUGGUGGGCUUGCUCGUUCUUCUUCUUGUUGUUCUUGUUAUUGUCGUUGCCCGACGUCGUCGACAUUCCCAAAAGCCCGAUGCGACUGAGCGUACAUCUACCGUCAUGACCAGCAAUCCUCUUGCAGGCGGGUCGCUGUACUCGACCCUUUCACCCCCAAAGCCCAGCCCCGCUCCGACAGGCGAGUCGUUGUACGAUAAUCUUGCAGGGCCAGCGCGCAACUCGGUCUCGCCUAUCUCAUACGAUAAGCCUGUCUUUGGUGCCAAGUCGUCAACCAAACCUGUCAAGCCGAGCAAGCCAACCGAGUACACUCUCGUCGCCGUUCCCGGUGUGGCUAACGUGUGACCUUCGUCAAGCCCCUCGUUUGUUUGUGUCUGCCGUCCGCGGCCUUGUGUUUUAGGGGUGUGCAUGCAGCAUAAGCAGGCCUGGCCUGCUCAAAAUACAAUACCUCAA